GUUAGAAAAGAGCGUCGAUGCCGGCUGCAGUGAUGAGUCCUAGGAGGCGCUGGCUGUUCCGCGGCUGGGAGGAGCGGCUGCUGCUGCUGCUGCUGGUAGCCCCUUUGCAGACAGAAAAACUCGAAUGCGGUGAAAAGAGAAGGAGGUGAAUAUAUGCAGUGUUUUCAUGUGGGAAUCUGGAGCCAAAUCACAAGUUCUUAGAACCACUAGAAAUAAAAACAUGUAUUGCUGUCCUUGAAUAUUAGCCCAUUUGAAAACGCCUGGGAAGUUCAGCCAUCAGUAUGUCCAAGUACAAACUUAUUAUGUUAAGACAUGGAGAGGGUGCUUGGAAUAAGGAGAACCGUUUUUGUAGCUGGGUGGAUCAGAAACUCAACAGUGAAGGCAUGGAGGAAGCUCGGAACUGUGGGAAGCAACUCAAAGCGUUAAACUUUGAGUUUGAUCUUGUAUUCACAUCUGUCCUUAAUCGGUCCAUUCACACAGCCUGGCUGAUCCUGGAAGAGCUAGGGCAGGAAUGGGUGCCCGUGGAAAGCUCCUGGCGUCUAAAUGAGCGUCACUAUGGGGCCUUGAUCGGUCUCAACAGGGAGCAAAUGGCUUUGAAUCAUGGUGAAGAACAAGUGAGGCUCUGGAGAAGAAGCUACAAUGUAACCCCACCUCCCAUUGAGGAGUCUCAUCCUUACUACCACGAAAUCUACAACGACCGGAGGUAUAAAGUAUGUGAUGUGCCCUUGGAUCAACUGCCACGGUCUGAAAGCUUAAAGGAUGUUCUGGAAAGACUCCUUCCCUAUUGGAAUGAAAGGAUUGCUCCUGAAGUCUUACGUGGCAAAACCAUUCUGAUAUCUGCUCAUGGAAAUAGCAGUAGGGCACUCCUAAAACACCUGGAAGGUAUCUCAGAUGAAGACAUCAUCAACAUUACUCUUCCUACUGGAGUCCCCAUUCUUCUGGAACUGGAUGAAAACCUGCGUGCUGUUGGGCCUCAUCAGUUCCUGGGUGACCAAGAGGCCAUCCAAGCAGCCAUUAAGAAAGUAGAAGAUCAAGGAAAAGUGAAACAAGCUAAAAAAUAGUCUUUCCCAACCAUUGGCUAAGAAGAAAUGCAAAAGAAGUGGCAUAGGAGUGUGUUAUGGGUGCUGAAGUCUCUCUCUUCUUCCCCGGUUUUCCAGAGCUAGGCUGUGGAGUAGAGUUUGUAUAGGUAACUAGGUAACUUAUUGUGACCCAGAUAAGGCUUUAGGAUGCCUCAGUGCUUAUGUCACAGCCUUAUGAGUUAGCUUUCCUGCUAGCCCCCUAGUCGGUCACUAAACUAGUAACUAAUUGGGGUUUCAUGAAGGUCAUAAGUUUCUGAGAUGGGAGAGCAACAAGUAGAGAUGAAGUUAAAGGUAUUUAUCAUCCAAGAAAUCAUUUUUGAGUCACCAUUGACAGGCACUAUUCCAAUUAGUAGUUCACUUUUAUAUUUAGUAAGAUUUUCUGGGAUGACAAUAAGAGAUAUUAGAUAAUAUACCAUAUGUAUUUAUUACUAGUCUUUUCCUCUAGGAAAAGGGAUGCUUUGAUAAUUAGGGCCAGCGGCCCAUUAAAUGAGAAAGUCACAGAUAUAUUUCUCCAAGAAAGCCAACAACCGCCACCACAAUGACAGAAAUGACAACAAGGCCCUUUAACUUGUCUUCUAGUUUAGCGACAUCCUUCAUUUGACAUUUAGUAGAAUUCCUCUUUGGCCACAAGAAUAAGCAGCAGAUAGACAACUAUGGCUAUUGAGUUUCUCAUUUUGGUUUGUUUUAAUUUUUCGAACUUCAAUGUUUGGGUACCUGUAAUUAGUUUAAAAAUAAAGUUCCUGAUAAUAAAGUGACUGAAAAUGGCAUCCCCAAA